GUGGCCGUGACGUCACGGUUGCCAUCUUGAUCCCAGCCUAACUCCGUCAGACUAGAGGCUAGAGACAGCAGCGCCAAGCAUUUUCGGACAGGGGCUAGAGCUAGAUCGGCUCACAAACAGUAUUUCCUCGGGUCGCUGUCGAGGGGGAUUCGCCGAGGAGAGACGUUACCGUCCGCGCUGCGGUUGUGCCAAAUUACAGACGGGGUCGCCCGAGUACGGGCCCGCCACGGUUCGACUUUCCUUCCCUCUCGGGCCCAGCGCCGCUACAGUCCGACCGGAGUGUGGGCACCUUUCCCGGGGCAGACAGUAAUACGUAAGUCUACGACUGCAGCUGACGCCAGGAGAAGCCUGCCGGAGCUGUGCCCGCGGCUGCAGCCGUAACCCUGCGGGUGGAACACCUGUCUCGUCAUGUCCGCCCCCAGAAGACACGUCUAGAUUACAGGAACACCUGGUGAAUAAGCAGGGUCAAAGGUCGCUGUUUGACAAACAAAGCGAUUUCAUGCUUUCAGGGAUGAUAACAGUCCAUUAGCCCGGGCUGACUAUCAGUUCCCCUGCGAGGCAGGGCACGGCCCCUGGCUAUUAACUCCCCGCUCGCUCGCCCGUGGAAACGUUAAAGCACCCUGCUCCGGGCUGUUUGUGUGAUUGGUGAGUUCUGAAGGGCAGAGUGACAGGUAUUACGCCGCCGGUCGCUUCUCCGGCCCGGGAGCGGCGGAGGAUGGCCGCUGAUUUCUUACCGGACGUGACGGAGAAUCCGGUGAGGUUGGCCGCGGCCCGUGCAUGGACGUGCGUGUGAGACGGACCGCGCGUCGAGCGACAUGUCCAAAACAACCGCCGUGGUCCACCCCAGUCCCGUGCUUAUCGAGAAGCAGCACCUCAAGAUGGGAGGGAACCACUACAUCUCCUCGUCCAAUCAUGAGAGCGACCUGGCCGUCACGUCCCCGGACUUCCCGCGCAAGGAGCGCAAACUGUCGCCCUACGAGAGGGUGACCUACGACCUGAGCAACGACGAGAAAAUCCAGAAGGAGAUCACGCUGGGUAAACGGAUCGGGUUCUACAGACUACGGGCGGAGAUCGGGAGUGGGAACUUCUCACAGGUCAAGAUGGGCAUACAUGCACUCACCAAAGAAAAAGUAGCAGUGAAGAUCCUGGAUAAAACCAAACUGGACCAGAAAACCCAGAGGCUCCUAUCCAGAGAGAUCUCCAGCAUGGAGAAACUCAGACAUCCCAAUGUCAUCAGGUUAUACGAGGUAGUGGAAACCCUAACAAAGCUGCACCUAGUGAUGGAGUAUGCACCAGGAGGGGAGCUCUUCACUAAAAUCUCCACUGAUGGGAAACUGCAAGAGGACGAUGCCAGGGCUCUGUUUGCACAGGUCGUGUCAGCUGUCAAACACAUGCAUGAGCAAUGCAUCAUCCACAGGGACUUGAAGGCCGAGAACGUCUUUUAUGCAACUCCCGCCAUGGUGAAGAUCGGCGACUUCGGCUUCAGCACUCACUGUCGUCUGGACGAGACGCUCAACACGUUCUGUGGCUCUCCGCCGUACGCCGCGCCCGAGUUGUUUAAGGACGAGAGUUACCUCGGCGUGUAUGUGGACAUCUGGGCUCUCGGGGUCAUGUUGUAUUUCAUGGUGACGGGACUGAUGCCUUUCAGGGCGGAGACGGUGGCUAAACUGAAGAAGUGUAUCCUGGAGGGGCACUAUUCCGUCCCGGGGUUCGUUUCUCCGAGCUGCCAGGCUCUGAUCAGGAACAUCCUGCAGCCGACUGCGGUGGACAGGCUGUCUGUGCAGCAGAUCAUGGAGUCGGAGUGGCUGCGCGGGCAGCACUUUCCCGAACCGCACGACGAUUAUCACCUCAACCCCGCGGACAUCUCCAAGGAGAACCUGCGACACGAGGAACACGAGGCGCGCAUGGUGCUGCGUGACCUCGGCAUCACGGACCAGCACCUGGAACAGAGCCGAGGCAAGGACUCCCGCAGCUGUAUAACAGGCACCUACAGGAUAGUCCUGCACAAGGUACAGAAGAAACACUCGCAGCAGGCGCUCACAAACCACAUGCUGAACGGGCCGCCGCAGGUCAACAGGAAGCAGAGCAAGUCUGCAGCACCAAAGAAAAAGGAAACCAAGAAUUCAAAACUCUGCACCAUUUUAUGAUGAAAGUAUCGUGGUCUCUGUUGUGGAUAUGAAGAAAAAAAAGUACAAGCGAGACUUCUCCGGCAUAGUAUGUAGUUCUAGAGGCCUUGUAAACAUAUGAAAAUCAGGUCACAGCAGUAAGAAUCGCUUCUCAACCAAUCAUCAUAGGUCCUAAAUUUGUGUGUUAUAAAAUGCAGAAAGAUGUUCUAACUUUAAAUCUGUGUUAGGCAAUGGUCUUGAUAUGUUGUUGUUUUUAAUGUCUUUGUUGUUGUUUGUUUGUUUUGUGUUGUCAUGACAAUGUCAAUGUGUUGAUUGACUGUUUGCAUGUGUGUAGACCACAAGUCUACAACUCUGUAUAGUGAGAUGGGUGCAAUAGCACUGACCUGGAUUUGUUUUGGCCAUUAGGUCAUGGAAACUUGUAUGUAGGCAAAUGCAGAGUGAUGUUGCCUUCUUUGAUGUAACAGUAAAUGUUACACCAAGGUCAAAAUCUUUUAUGUCAGCCCAGGUUCAUGAUUGGAGAGUGCUCGCAAUUUUAGAGGUAGGGGGACAAAUUUUGGAUUUUCAUUAGCCUUUAAUGAAUGCAAUUGUCAAAUCAUGGGGUUGAAAGUGGUUGUUGGAGUCCUUUGGAUGUUUUUUUUUUUCCCAAGUUUCAAGAUUUUGUUACUUUUGUCCAUCAGGGUUGACAGAUUGGUUUUAAAAAAUUUCCGUCACACACCACAACGUUCCUGCAAUUGAUGGACAAACAGGUACUGGCUAGUGCCCUGGGUUACAUGUACAUAUGUGCAUGGUGUGCAAUGGCCCAAAUAUAUGUGUGAUAAAAUUGCUGGGAUUGUCAAAGCACAUUGAGUUUUGUGAAGUUGAUAACAGUAGGUCUAUGAAAGCAUCAUCAAUUCUGCAUUUGCCCCCAUACCAGGCCUAAAAAGUUGUGGAAUUUGUAUCAUCAAAUCUUUUGUAAAAAGUUGGAAGGUAGAACGACUAGACGGAUAGGGUGCAAUGUUGAGAGGUUUCACUGUGAAGUGUCCAUCCUAAAGCUUACUGAAUGUUCUUAGAGAAAACAGUUUUGCUGUGACAAUAACCCUUUAAUGUAUCAGCUACAAAAAAAUCACUACGAACUUGAGCAUUCCACCUUUCACCGUCAGUGUCUUAAAUGUCCGUAAGGCCAUACCAGUAAAAUCCCCUCAGUGGUUCAAAACAGUGCUAUAUUGUACAAAAUGCAUAUCUAAGAAGUAAAAAGUUUGGGAAGCAUUGCAAAGAAUGACUUAUUGAAUCGUAAGCAAAGAAUCUUGAAUUGGUAUGGCCUUGCAGUGGUAGUUUUGUAUCCACCAUUUUGUAACAUCUGCAUCUGAGUAGUGCUCCAGGUUACAGAAAGUACCUGGCAUGGCUUUCAUAACGUAUCCGAGAAAGUAGCUUUUAAUGUUAAUGCUACCGACCAUGGCAAUAUUAAGUGCUGUUGCUGCUACUCUGAGGUUCAUUUUUUGCCUUCUGUCAGAGAUGAAUCGUCAAGCUGGCUACUGUAUUCAGUUUUAACAAAUAUUGCAGCUGCGCCAAUCUGCACGUCACAUCCUCUUGAUUAGUGUAUGCACUUUUAAAACUUUUCAAGUUGUAAGUAGGUGCCCCAGACAGCCGCCAAAAUUGGGAGUUCAAAGAUUUAAAGUGUUUGUUUCUGAGCUACUAGUAAUAUGUUGGACUUCCGGAGCGUUGCACUGCAGGUUUUUUUUCUUUGCACGACUGGUAGACAGAGAAACGUGAAGGCUUUGUUAUAUCAUGAGCAGCUUGCUUGUCAAACAAACAAACAGAGUCCUUUUUAUCUGUCAUAACAGUCAGCACAUGUCUGUCCACCUGAACAGGGUUUGUCAAACUUACCAGAAGAUCCCAAACCUAACAAAUAUCUCCUGUGUAGGUGCUAGUCUCUUAAGGCUGAGGGAACUUGGUGUUUCCGUAAAAAAGAGGUUAUUGAAAAAGUGUUCUUGAAAAGGCAUACAUGGACUUAGACUUGGACAUGUACAAGUAGCACAGGUGUAGAUUUCACUCUGCAAAUGAAAGGAAGCUUAAGACUGACUUGUAACUGUGGGGUUCAAGUGCCACCAAGUUGCCAGGCUAACAGGUGUAGACCUUUUAGCCUUGUGGUUAGUGCAUUGGGUUUGGGGUUCAAAUCCCAGGAGCCAAGAUUCGCCCCUUUGUGUUUUGAGUGGUUUCCAUGCCGGGAAUCGAACCUGGUCCUUGUGGGUGAAAGCCACAAAUCCUAACCACUGAAACACAUUGGGGCAAGUAGCACAGUCUUCUGGCUCCCGGGAUUUGAACCCGGGCUGCCAGCUCACAAGUCCAAUGCGCUAACCGCAAGGCUAAAAGGUCUGAGCCUGUUAAACUGGCCAGUUGGUGGCACUUGAACCCCACUGUUACAUGUAUGUAAGAUUCAAGACGUAUCACAAAAAGGGAUAUUUUGAGGUAACAUCUUUCAUUGGGAGACAGGCCAGUCAUAUCAUGGUAGACAUAUUUCUAUUCACAAUGCCUAGAACAGCUAGUAGCAUUACAUCACACCUUUUGAAGUGUUGUGCCUUUCAGAAAUGUACAAUGUAGUAUUUGAUCACAUAGAUGUAUAAGAAGAACUGUUAUCAAAGUGCUAUUUUUGUAGAUGCGAUUCAUAAGUGUGCUAAUAUGACCAUCAGAAAGAAACGAUACUAAUAGUAUGUAAAUGUGUCUUGUACAUUAAUGUAAGAUAAACAUGUACGGUAGGCCAUGCUUCUCUGCUAGAAUUUGUUUGAAAUCCUUUUUCUUGGGAUAUAUUCUUUGGCUAUUCCCUGAACUUUGGUAUCCCUGUUUUUGGCAUUCCAUGUUUUCAUGUGCAAUACAUGUACAUUGUAUACAGACACUAAUGUGCUGAUAGAAAAUUGGGAACUUCAAUUGCAUAUGUCAAACACAGGGUACACUAUUCUCACAGAUUGUUUACCACACACUGAGAUGGACAAUAUUGCCAUGCCAGUUCUAUAUUGAUUUUGAUGGGCCAUAGAAAGCCAAAUGUAGACUUUAUGUGCUAAAAGAUCAAGAUUACAAAGCUUCUGCCUUUGCUUACGAUUUCUCAACAAUUUAUGUAGAUAUAUAAUAUGUUGUCAUGUAGAUUUUAUUGUUGCUUAAAGUUUAUAGAAUAUCUAACACUGCUAUGUCACUUCUCAGCAAAAACAUGCCAGAUUGUUUACCAUAAAGAAGCUGGAAAUCUUAAACCUCAUGCACCUUUGGCAUUCAAGUCACAGGUAGUUUAUUUAUGUCUUUUUUUGUCUCAGUUGUCAAAGUAAUGUUUCACAUAGUUUGUUUUGUGUGGAGACUGUUUAUAAAUGAAUACUAGGUAUUUUCCUUGAGAGAAUUUGACACACUGUACAGCACAAUCUGGCAAGUAAUGACUGAAUUGCAGCAGUGUGAACGUCACUGAUCUCAUGUUAUAUUAAGUCAUGGUUUUGUUUUUAUUUGCUUGAUACUAAUUUUACCUAUAGGGAACAAUGCUUAAGCUUAAUCCGUCCAUGUGUUCAUAUAAUUUACAAGCAUUGCUUUUACCAAGUAUGUGUAAUAUUUUUCGAGUAUUGAAGCUCUACAUGCCAGCUAACUAUGUGUUGCCAUCACAAGGAGGUGGCCUCAAGCAUGUUAAUAAUAGGAUAUGUUCUACACUUUUAUGAAUGGAAUGAUCAUGUUAAUUUCUGCAUUGUCAAUAUUGUAAAUACACAACACUGUAGAUGUCAAGACACAGAAAAGGUACAGAUUCAAUACUUGAUUUAAUCUUAAGGAGAGAAAAUAUGUCAUCUACAACCAGAUGUUUGGAUUUAAGUGACUACAAACCAGUUGUGACAGGGUAAAUGAUCUGCCUUCUCAAUUCAAAAGAACUUGCUCAAACAGAUAAUACAGACGUGAUCCUCUUCCCAAAUGAUACUUGACUGGUUCAUACUAUUUCCUACCCACGUCCAUACAAAUGUAGACUUAUGUGCAUUAACGUAAAAGUUAAAGUGGGCUUUAACCAUUAGAAACACAGAGGUGAUGCUCUGCGACACAAAAAGCAUCUGAUGAUGGUAGCCUUGAUAGAAGAAAUUGAUUUUCACUUUUUUUUUCGACCAAUCAUUCCUGAUGUGGUAGCACUUCUUCGGAAUCCAUCUGUGUCUUGAGGUUAUAAUAUCCUUUGUAGAUAUCGGAAUAAAAGUCAUCUAGAUUUGUCA